GACCCAGCAGCCCGCGCCCUUGUCACCGCGUCCGGCGGCGGCGGCGGCGGGGCUCCAAGCGAGCCGGCAGCAUGAGCGGCGGCGGAGGCGACGUGGUGUGCACCGGCUGGCUGAGGAAAUCGCCCCCCGAGAAGAAGUUGAGGCGCUAUGCUUGGAAGAAGCGCUGGUUCAUCCUGCGGAGCGGCCGGAUGAGUGGUGACCCUGACGUUCUAGAGUACUAUAAGAAUGACCACUCCAAGAAACCCUUGCGGAUCAUCAACCUGAACUUGUGUGAGCAGGUGGAUGCAGGCCUGACCUUCAAUAAGAAGGAGCUACAGGACAGUUUCGUGUUUGACAUCAAGACCAGCGAGCGCACCUUUUAUCUGGUGGCAGAGACGGAAGAGGACAUGAAUAAGUGGGUGCAGAGCAUCUGUCAGAUCUGCGGCUUCAAUCAGGCCGAGGAGAGCACAGAGUCCCUGAGAAACAUCGCCUCCGCUGGUCACGGUCCCCGCUCCUCGCCAGCCGAGUUCAGCGGCUCCAGUCAGCACCUGCUCCGAGAGCGGAAAUCCUCCGCCCCGUCGCACUCCAGCCAGCCGACUCUGUUCACGUUCGAGCCCCCCAUGUCUAACCACGUGCAGCCCACCUUGUCCACCAGUGCACCUCAGGAGUAUCUCUACCUGCACCAGUGCAUCAGCCGGAGAGCAGAAAAUGCCAGGAGUGCCAGCUUCUCUCAGGGCACCAGGACCUCGUUUCUCAUGAGGAGCGACACAGCCGUACAGAAACUUGCCCAGGGCAACGGACACUGCGUGAACGGCGUCAGCAGUCAAGUGCACGGCUUCUACAGCCUGCCCAAGCCCAGCCGGCACAACGCCGAGUUCCGAGACAGCGCCUACGACCUGCCGCGGAGCCUGGCUUCCCACGGCCACACCAAGGGCAGCCUCACAGGCUCCGAGACGGACAGCGAGGACGUGUACACCUUCAAGACACCCAGCAACACCCUGUGCCGAGAGUUCGGGGACCUCCUUGUGGACAACAUGGAGGUGCCGACCACCCCGCUCUCGACCUACCAGGUCCCCAGGACAUUCACGCUGGACAAGAACCACAAUGCCAUGGCCGUGGCCGCUGGGGGGGACUCGGCCGUCGCUCCCCCGCCCCGGCCCCCCAAGCCUAACCAGGCGGAAACCCCUCGGUGGGGCAGCCCUCAGCCGAGAGCAGCAGCCGGUGACAGCAGCAGAUCAGUCGCCGCCACCAUCCCCAGGCGCAACACGCUGCCAGCGAUGGACAACAGCCGGCUGCACCGAGCCUCCUCCUGCGAGACCUACGAGGGUGCGGGCAGGCCUGCCGAGUCCGGGAGAGAUGCGCUUGGGUGUUUCCUGCCGGGGAAGGCAGUGUUGGGCCGAUCGGACAGUGCCAAUUCUGAAGAUAACUACGUGCCCAUGAAUCCAGGCUCCUCUACCCUGCUGGCCAUGGAGCGAGCAGGGGACAGUGCCCAGAGUGUCUACAUCCCCAUGAGCCCAGGGCCUCAUCACUUUGACGCUCUGGGCUACCCAGCCACUGCCCUUCCUCUGCACCGAGGCCCCAGCCGCGGCAGCGAGAUCCAGCCACCCCCUGUGAACCGGAACCUCAAACCUGACCGGAAAGCGAAGCCAACGCCACUGGACCUGAGGCACAACACCGUCAUCGACGAGCUCCCCUUCAAAUCGCCCAUCACCAAGUCUUGGUCCCGGGCCAACCACACCUUCAGCUCAUCCCAGUCCUGCCGCCCCAUCUCCACCCAGAGCAUCACCAGCACGGACUCCGGAGACAGUGAAGAGAACUACGUUCCUAUGCAAAACCCCGUGUCUGCCUCUCCUGUUCCCAGUGGCACCAACAGUCCAGCUCCUAAGAAGAGCACUGGCAGUGUGGAUUAUCUGGCCUUGGACUUCCAGCCCAGCUCCCCAAGUCCCCACCGCAAGCCCUCCACGUCAUCGGUCACAUCGGACGAGAAGGUGGACUAUGUUCAAGUGGACAAGGAGAAGACCCAGGCUCUGCAGAACACCAUGCAGGAGUGGACAGACGUGCGACAGUCCUCUGAGCCUUCCAAGGGCGCCAAGCUGUGACACAGGGGACACUAAACCCAGGGCAGGGCCACUGUCCACCAGGCUGGCUCCUCCCCACCUCCACCACUCACAGCCUUCAAAGUUCGAUGUCAGGGACACCUCAGCCUUUCCCCCAGGAGGCGAGGGCCUGCUCUAGACCCGUGUUCAGCCCAGUGGGGCCCUGAGGGCCAUGUUUCCACCCCCCUCCUUAGUUAGGAGCUAUUGCCAAGAACACCCUGCCGCCCCUGUGCUUGCAGCCUAUCACCCAGCUAUGUGGAGGGGAGGCUGGGGCCGGGGGCCCGAGCACCUGCAGGCCAAAGUGGACCUGGAUUGUUUUAUCCUGGUGUUGGCAGAGGCGAGGCCUUCCAACCGUGCCCAAGUUGGAAAUGAAGGGAAGAGGGGCAGGACCCUAGGCUGGGGGCCAGGAGGGAAAGGAGGACAAAAGGGACAAUGUAGGUAGGGGUUGGGGACAGGCCCCCAAGGAGGAGCAGCAGGACUGGCAGUGCAGGAUGGUGUGUGCAAGGUCACCACAGGGGCAGAGUCCCACAGUGAAAGCUUGCACAGAACUGGACAGUGCCAGGCAGGGAGGGGGGCCCUGGUCCAGGAACGGGCUGGGCAGGGAUACGGCUAUUAAGAUGGUUCAGCAAGUGAAUGUUUGCAGGGUGCAGAGGUAAGCUGAGGAGGCAGAGGGCCAAGGCCAUGGAGGAGGAAACACAACACAGGCCUGCCGGACAGUCGUGAGCAGUGGCGGGAAAUCCAGGACUAAUGAGGGAGAGACUGUGGUUGAGGGGACCAGGCCUAGUGGACGACCUGGGGGUGCAGGUGCUGGCAACAAGUGUUGCUCACCUCAGCUUCUGUCGCCUCCAGCAUUCCAGGAUCACGCUGGACUUGGCUACAGGGGCCAAAGCAGCCAAGCUCUUCUUCCAGGGCUUGGAGGGUCUCCAGAUGGGCAGGUAUGCCCUCAGCAGGGCAGGUGUUCAGCCGUUCCAGUUUCAGUGGCAACAAGGCCGACCCAGUGGACCAUCCUGUCCUGGCAGGAGUAGCUCUCCACUGUAUCUGCUGGGGCUGGCUGCCCACACCUCCCCAUGCUCAGCAGCCUGGCCCCUCUGGAAAUCCCACCUUCAGGAGAGCAGGUCCCACCAUGCUGCGAUCAGCUCAGGGCUUAGGCAUUGAGGACAUGGGGAGCCAUCCUACUGUAAGCUUGAACCACGCAGGCAUCAAGGCUGCUUCAGCCAAGGCAGCUGUUCACAAGAGGGGAACCAGGGCUGCAGGUAUGGGAAGCUCCAGCUUGCCCUGGGGUGGGGAGGGGCCUCUACCCCAGGCCCUGACCCAGGAGUCCCCAGCCCCAGCAGCCUCCCCUGCUGACAUCAAGUUGCCAUGGAAAAUGUUACCGUGUUCCCAGAGUUCCGUGGGGUGGCUGCAAUGGGGGCAUAGCCUCUGGCAGAGAGGCUUCCUGCUCUUGGCCUUAUGCCCAGUGUCCCCUUAGGCUACAAGUAGGGGACAGAGAGGGGCGCUGAGGCUCAAACCCAUCAGCCGCCCCGACACCAGGGAGUGAGCAUCAAAGCAGGUCCUUCGGCGGCGCAGUGGGCUGCAUCUCACCUCCCCCAGGACAAGGAGACCUCGUGUGCACAGGGACUCGUGUGGCCUGGACCACUCUCCGGCAGCACCCACAUCUGGCUCUACCUCCACAAGGUGCAUGCAAAGGCCCAGGAAAUGGACCUGCUGCCUCUGCCUGGUCCUUGGUGUCACCACUUUGAGAGGUGGGGGCUGGGUGAGACGACUGUGUAGCUCCAAGGGGCGUGCCUUGGCCUGGAACCUGCCUCCCAUGGCUCUGGGCCACCAGGGUGGGUGGGAACCAUGACCUCCACCCCGCGCCCUUGCAAUCACCUCGUGUCUUGGACAGAAGCACAACAGGAA